GCAUGUGUGCAUGUAAAACGCACACAGGGUCCUUCAACCUUUCUGUAUUUUAAGGAAACUUUAAUUCAUGUAUAGCUUCUGAUGUGCUGCUACGUGUACGAGUCGGUGUGAGCUGUGUACGUACGUGUGUCAGCAGGUAGCUGUUAAAUGAGGCACGUUGAAAAGAUAAAGGCAGCAUUGUUUUUAUUCACAUUAGCUGUUACUCAGCUGAGUGACACACAGGCAGAUGUGAAGGGUGGGAAAUCACCUCGGUGGAUAACAGAGGGGGCUCUGGGCAACGCUUUGAUUUAAGGGGAAAGUUCAGCAGGAGAAGAUCACCUCGGGUUGAGUGCUUCUUCACUUUCUUCAGUUCAGAGAAUUAAUUAAGAUUUCCUCAAAAGCCUGGAUCACUGGUUUCCAAGCUUUUUGAUUUGUGACAUUUUAUAGCCAAGCAGUGCCUCCUCAUGAACUCAUCACAGAUUAAAAAUGAUCUGUGAGCAACCAAAAAAUCACUCUUCUUCAUGGUCACAUGACCAAAAGCAAGGAUUUGAGAAAAGCCCAAAAAGAAGUUCUUACAUGCUUUGUUGUUCUGUUUGGACCCUCCAGGCUGCCAUCCAGAUGUCGCUGUGCAUGACCUCACAUUUCUGCCUGCUGGUCCUACCAGUGAUGUCACUGCUGCUGCUCUUCUCUCCUAUCAGUUGGAGCCAUGACGGCGUCACCCCAGGGUGUCACCUGCAUCCCUUCAACGUGACCAUCCGCAGUGACCGUCGUGGCACAUGUAAGGGCACCCACCUGGUCUACGCCUGCGUGGGCUACUGCGAGUCCAGUGCUUUUCCAUCCAGAUACUCUGUGCUGGUGGCCUCAAACUUCACUCACAACAUCACAUCUGCUUCCAGAUGCUGCACCAUCAGCAAGGAGGCUAAGGUCAAAGUUCGCCUGGACUGCCCUCGAGGUCGUCACCAUGACGAAAUUGAGAUCCUGACUGCGAAGGCUUGUCGCUGCGACAUGUGCCGCAAGUCCCGCUACUGAUACAUCAAGAUGAUAUGCUGCAUACCAAAAGUACACCAGGAUCAGAACCAAAUUUAGUCAGUUAAGCGGUACAAGCUCUGGUAAAUGAUUGAAAUACAAAAGCUUUAGUGAUGAACCAGUAACUAUCCUUUUUCUAGGUAUAUGUCGACUUGUUAUGAAUGUUGAAGAAAAUCUACUUUAACUUAUUUAAUUGAAAAAGAAUCAGCUUUCUGCCAAAUUACUGUCAAAACCAGGGUUUCCUUCAUUUGUGUUCUCAAAGGAUGGUGGACAGAAAAGGCUCAAAGGCAGAGUGGCACCUGCUCUGGAUCAGUCGCCCACAACCUUCACCCGCUUUGAUUGUUAUCAGCCCACUAAAUGCCUGUUAUCAGUUGUCAUCACAAGCAUAGAUAUGAGGUAGUAUGGCCCAACUCUACCUCUCAUAUUUACCUGUAAUGUUAGGCUGUGACCUCUAGUGGCCAGAAUAAUUAUGGUGGGAGCAAAGGAGUAAGUUUGGUGAUGUAGUAUAGAGAGAAAAAAGUCUGCAAAGAGGAGGUUGGGGUGAAUACAUGGGUAAAGCAAACACAGGACUUUUACCCAGGAGACUGCUGUUCAUGUCCCGUGUGAAACAAAAAGUCAAUGCUGAUUUAUUUUAACCGACAUAUAUUAAGUUAACUAACAUAAUGUACAGAACAUAAAUUAACUAAGGCAACUUAAGUCAUGUAACAAUCUUACUAAUUUUUAUCCAAACCAUGAUUUUUUUCCCUAAAUAUUACCAAGUCAUUUUGACGCUUAAACCUAACAAAACUGCAACUGUUUCACUAAAUUCACCUUCUGGCCUACUAGUAUGUGCAGUUUGCAUCGUCUUAAGCAUUAUAACGGUAGUGAUAACAACUGAAGACGGCCAUUUAAUGGGCUGAUAACAUUGGAAAGGGGUGGUAUUUUAGGAUUGAAAUUAAAAUGGAAAAUUCACACUUUUAGAUGUCUCUAAAGAUGUGUGCAUGUGCGUGCGUGCUUGUGUGUCUUAAAUGUGAUGUAAGGGAUGUUUUUCUCGAAAACUUGAUUGAUGCACAUUCGUGUUAAAGGUUGUAUAAACCAUUCUGUCAUACCUACGUCGAAAAAACUGAACAUUUUUAUUCUAUAUUUUUUCCUUUGAGGCUUGGCAGACACUUGACUUUGUAAGCAGCUACAAAUAAGAAAUAGUCACAUCACCCUUCAUAUUUAGUGAUUCAGUAGCAAGUGUAAGUACACAGAGACUCCAGGAUUAUAAUCAAUCAAACUCAUUAUCCAAAAAUAUACUGUCAAACUUUGGAAUCAAUAAAAAGGUCAUAUAUACAGUUUCAUUCUUUGCAAUAACCACUAAACACAGACAAGAGACCAAAGAAUGUACAAAUUUAUUUAUAUUUAUGAAUUUGAAUUAAAGGACAUUUUGUAAAUAAUAUGAACCCAAAUAAUGUUGGAAAUGUCAAUGACAUGAAACGAAAAAGAAUGCACUGUAUACUUUGUGAUUAAUUUGUUUUUCAA